AUGAAAGCAUUUUUACUUCCACAGGUGUUCAUCGCUACCGCUCUGCUGGCUGUUGCCUCCGCCGCUCCUGCCAACAGCUACGCCCCGCAGCCGGCGUACUCCCAUGGCCCGAGCUACCACCAGUCGUCCUACAAGGAGCCAGCCAACUACGACACACCCUACCAAUUUGACUAUGCCGUCAACGACCACUACUCCGGUGCCGUCUUCUCUCAGAACGAGAACAGUGACACCAAGAAUGUGAACGGCUACUACUCGGUCAACCUGCCCGAUGGCCGUACCCAGCACGUCAAGUACGUCGCUGACCAGCACGGUUACGGAGGCUACAACGCCGAGGUGACCUACACUGGAGAGCCCCGCUAUGAGGAGCACAAGCCUAGCUACCACCCGGCCCCAGCCUACAAGCCUGCUCGCUCGUAUGCCCCCGCCCCAGCGUACAAGCCUGCUCGCUCUUAUGCCCCUGCCCCGGCGUACAAGCCUGCUCGCUCGUAUGCCCCUACGCCGGCCUACAAGCCCAAGUACUGAAUACCUAGUGCUCUGGUGUGAACAAAUAUUUAUAAUGUAAGUCUGUUCGUGUGA